UACUUCUAUUAGAAAAAAUGCUUAGCUGAAAUAAAAAAGGAUUUUGUAUGUACAAUGAAUGCUAACAACAGCUGCUAUGUAAAUCUAUUUGAUAAUUUGUAUUACACAGCAUUACUUUAAUAGUUUUAUUUUGAAGCUCUAAACCAGAAGUGCUAGUUUUGUAAUGUCUACUGACAUCAUCCAGGACAGCCCAGUCACUUUCUAAACUGAUUUGUCUGUACCACUGAUGCUCUGCUUUUACAAUGAGACCUAAUUUGAAUCCCUCUUUUUUUGCUUUCAUUCUUGUCAAGGUUACUCUUUCUCUGGAAUAUUGUCCACUUCAUUGCCAGUGUGACUGGGACAUCAACAGUGUGUCGUGUUUUGGUGCCGAAGUCAUGCCUGUUUUCCACUCCAGCACACAAGAGGUGUGGCUUGUGGGGACAAAGCUUUCUUCUGUUCCUCAGAAUGCCUUUGCCAACUUGGCUAACAUUUCUCACAUAUACAUCUCUGAUGAUGAUACUCUUAAAUAUCUAGAGAGGCAUUCUUUCCACAACCUGUCCAGGGUCACGCACAUACAACUAACUGAUAUGAAAACACUAUCAUACAUUGACAAAGAGGCCUUUAAGGAUCUGCCUAAGUUAAAAUACCUUGGGAUCACAAACACAGGUCUCACUUCCUUUCCUGGGUUGCAGUAUAUUCAGUCCAGUGAAGAGGAUUUUAUUUUGGAAAUAGUGGAGAAUGUCUUCAUACAAGUCAUACCUGCUAAUUCUUUCAUUGGAAUAUCUGUGAAUUCUUUGACCAUCAUGCUGAAUAACAACGGUGUGAAAGAGGUCCAGCACUAUGCUUUCAAUGGGAGCAGACUGGAGGAAGUGUACCUUCACAGAAAUGCGGAUUUGGAACGAAUAGAUGAGUUUGCCUUUUAUGGUGUGAUUCACGGCCCAACUCACUUAGAUGUUUCAGAAACCAAAAUAAGCUCUUUGCCUUCAAUAGGCAUGGAGACCAUUGAAAAGCUCCAAGCUAAAAACACAUGGGCCCUGAAAGUACUUCCCCCAUUUAGGGCCUUUCUCCAUUUACAGAGUGCUGAACUAACAUUCCCAAGCCAUUGUUGUGGUUUAAAAAUGCUGAAAAGAUGGAGAGGACAUUCUGAGGAAGUUAUCUGCAACCUCACAGGGACUGCUUCAGGGAGGCUGCAAGAAUACUUUGGAGCUAUCUCUCAGAGACAUCUUGGACACAAAAUCUCCCAACAUCUGACAGACAACUUUGGUCUUCAAAGAAAUGGUUGGAUAAAUCACACUCCCAGCAACAGCCUCAUUUGCCCGACCAGACAGUCUCAGACUGAAAGUUUGUUUCAUGUGGAAUUAUCUAAAGAGCAUGCCAGUGAAGAUUUUGACUUUACACUAUGUAAUGCACUUUACAGCAACAACAGACUCUUAUGUACCCCACUGCCUGAUGCCCUGAACCCCUGUGAGGAUGUAAUGAGCCAAGGCUUUCUGAGGGUCUUGGUCUGGGUGGUCAGUUUGUUAGCCAUUUCAACCAACCUGUCGGUGUUGUUCAUCCUGCUGACCAGCCAACAGAAGCUGUCCGUUACCCGUUUUCUUAUGGGUCACCUGGCAUUUGCAGACUGCUGUAUGGGGAUCUACUUGCUGCUUAUUGCAUCUGUCGACUUCUAUACACGCUCCCAUUAUUACCAUUAUGCUAUUGCCUGGCAAACAGGAAGUGGCUGCAAUCUUGCAGGGACAUUGUCAGUGUUUGCCAGUGAGCUGUCAGUGUUCACAUUAACUUUCAUCAGCCUUCAGCGCUGGCACACCAUCUUCUACGCAAUGAGACCGGACAGAAAAAUUAGGUUACGUCAUGCAGCUGUGCUAAUGCUCAUUGGGUGGUUGCUGUGUGUGAUUGUAGCACUGCUGCCAGUGGUUGGUGUUAGCAGUUACCAGAAAGUCAGCAUUUGCUUACCUAUGGACACUGAGACAAUUGCUGCUCAGACUUACAUUGUUUCUGUCUUGAUUGUUAAUGUCAUUGCUUUUAUAGUGGUGUGCUUAUGUUACCUCCACAUCUACUGUAUGGUUCACAAUCCCCAGCAUGACUCCAGCAGAUGUGACACCGGCAUGGCCAAACGCAUGGCUGUUCUCAUUUUCACUAACUUUCUGUGUCUGACUCCCAUUUGUUUCUGUGGUUUGUCUGCAGCUCUCCACCAACCACUGAUGACGCUCACAGAGUCUAAGGUGCUGCUGGUGCUUUUCUAUCCUCUCAACUCUUGUGCACACCCAUUUUUUUAUGCUAUCCUGACCAAAGCAUUUCACAGAGAUAUCCUGAUGUUGCUGAGUCGGAUGGGGCUCUGCCAGCGGCAAGCACACCUCUACUGAAGCCAGCUUGUCAGUAUUGCUCCCCACCCAUACAGAGACACAAUGUCUGCCCCACAUGCCAGCAUACACAUCCCAAAAUGUGCAGAAAUCACUUUGCCACAAAAAAGUCAUUUAAAUUUGAUUAAUAAUCCUAUUAAUCGAUUUUUCAAGCCGUAACUAUCUUGCAUCUUACAUAUUCGCAGAACCUAACCAGAGCAUACUAUGGCAUAUGAGAAGUUAUUCAUUAAUUUUUGAAUUAUUUUACAUGCAUAUUUAUAAUGUGAUUGUUAUUUGCCAUUCCAUUAUAAUGAUCAAAGUUAAUGAAUUUAGAACAGCUUCGAUCCAUUUUGGCAUUGAUUCUGCAAGUCUCUAAAACCCUACUGGAGAAAUGAGACAUCAUUCCUCUGAAUGAUUUUCAAACAUUUGGUAUUCUGAUGAUAGUGGUGAAGAGAAAUGACAAGUAACACAUCUAAAAUCUCCCACAGUUGUUCAAUUGGGUUGAGAUCUGGAGAUUGUGAAGGCUAUAGCGUGUAAGGCACAAAACUGCAGUACUCAACAAAUGAUGAGUAGCACUUGUGUCCUAUGAAGGCACUGUCAUUUUGGAAGAGACCACCCUAUCAGGAUAGAAAUGUUUCAUCACAGGAAAAAGGUUAUCAAAACGAUUUUCUAUUGAAUCCAGUUACCUGUAACUUUAUGGCAACAAGUUCAGGUUUUUCCUGCAAUUUGCUACUCAUCUCUAUCUGUUAUCAGGUUGAGUGACCAGAUAAGACCCUGGAUCCAUUUUGGAAUAUAAAAUACAUACCAAAAUGUACCAUGAUCCAUACAACGUGAGUGUAUGCCCCCAAUAAGCAUGGGAGCUUGCACCUUAAACAACAAGUACCAUAUGAAGUACAUUUAGUGUAUUGGUGUAUACCAUUUCAUCAUGUGGCCCUGAGCAGUCCAGAUUUAUAUGUGAUAUAACAUUUCGCCAACCAUAAAACUUAAAUUUUUCACCUGAAGAAACAGAUUUUUUUCGUCUUGUGAUUGGCAACCGUAGGACUUCAAAAAAUGUAGAGUGUGGUGCCAGUCAGAGGCGUAAUUUAUGAGGAAAAAAGUACUGAAAUUAUGUUUUUUGAAUUUAUGGCUAAUAUCAAGACAAUUGUUGAGGUAUGAUAGGCAAAACCACUCCAAUAGUGGUCCUAACUUCAAGAGUUGUAUAACAUUGGCAUUGGGCGAAAAGAAAAAUCAUGGUUUUCCAACUCACAGUACAUCAAAUAAUUUUAUGAAAAAUAUAUAUAAAUGAGCAAUCAAUGUUAAAUGUUCAACAGAAGCAGGUUUAUUUUAUGCAUUAUACAUUUCUUGAUUCAACACCCAGUAUGAAUGAAGUAGUGGUUUAUAAUUUACAAUCAUACACGUGUAAUUGAGGGGGUUAGAAGCAGAGUGGUUUAACCCACAAAAAAUCCGAACAGAAUUUUAUAUAAUUUCUGUAAUAUUUUAUGGUCUAGAUUUUAAUUUAGUCAUCUAACCACACCCAAAUAUAGCAUUACAGUCACACUUCGAAUGUUAGACUUUUCUUGGAAACACAAAACUUUGAACCUAUAUUUCUCAAAAAUUACAGAAAGUGAAUUAGACCACUCUGCUUCCAAACCUUUCAGCUAACAAUGUUCAGGGUGUGUUUUUGAUGAAAGCAGUUGGUGCUCACAGUUUUCGGUACAAUCCAGAGUGAGGCGAGAUUCACCAGAAAUAAAUUUAUUCCCAACAAAAUAUGUUAUUAGACCUUCCUCUGAUGAAACCAUUUUAGCUAAUGACAGAUUGACAGAUCACAAAAUAUGAGCUCAAUUUGUUUGACAUAAGCAUCUUUUGGAAUAUCCAAGAAAAUUAAUCCAUAUGGCUAACAACACGGGCAUCAAAUCUGCAUAAAGAGGCAAUGAACUGGGAAACAGAUUUUCUACGAAUCAUUGUGCAUAAACUACUUUAAAACAGCAGUUGUCAGCAUUUAAUGCUGACAACUGUAACCAUGUAUUAGUGCUACCAUCUCUCCCAAUGCAACGUCUCUUUGCUAACAAGGUUAUAAUGAAUAAAAACUGACUUUGGUGAAGAAAUCAAAACAAGUAAAACAUGUGCCUGACAUAUUGCUUAUGGUACCACUUUUCAUAAAACUAUUUGAAGUACUGUGAGUUUUAAAAUCAUUAUUUUUUUUAGGUCAGUAACAGUAGUAUAGUAUAGUAACAGUAGGUCAGUAGUAUUAGAGUGAUUUCACCUAUCAUACCUAAAAGUAAUACAGGCCCUCCAGAUGGUCUGUUCUGGUCCACGGGAUAACUUUGCAAAGGGUUAAAAUUACAGAGAAGACAUUAACUGCAAAUUGUAAAUUUGUAAAACUGUAAAUUUAAAAGAACUUCUAGACCUUGACAAGUUAUUUUGAUCAUAACGUAAAACACUAUGUUGUUGCAUUCUGCAUGCUUGUGACUAAACAUUUUGUGCCUUUGUAGAUACACUGUGAUCUGUUAGUUGUAAUGUAAAGCACAAACGAUAAACUGAGGCAAAAUAA